AUGCCAAACCCGCAGGCCCAGGCAUUUAUACCCAUUGAAAUCUCGGACGUUCUGUCUCUUCCCACGCAUCCUCCACCUCUUUCGGACUUCAUUCCUACCGCGCGUCUCACUCAAGACCGUCUUGACGCAAUUCUCUCUACAGUACCUGACGGGUUUCUAUCUUCGGAAGAAGUGACUCUAUUGGUGCACAUCAUCGAUAUCAAUCAGCAGGCAAUCGCCUGGACGGACUUGGAGCGAGGCACGUUCUCUCGCAGAUACUUUCCAGACUACGAGAUUCCCACUGUGGAACAUGUUCCCUGGGUAAAUCGUCCGGUGCCUGUUCCGAAGGCUCUUGAGGAUAAGGUAAGAACUGUACUUCGCUCACAGGAAGCGGCGGGGAAGUACGAAUAUUCCUCGGCAUCAUACCGCGCGAAUACAUUCGCUGUCAUGAAAAAGAGCGGCGACAUACGCAUGGUCAUCAACCUCGAAUCAUUAAACGCGGUCACUAUUCGCGAUUCGGCGCUCCCUCCGCGCGCUGAUGAAUUUGCAGAACACUGCGUUGGCCGGGCUAUCUACAUGCUUUGCGACUUGCUAUUUGGCUACGAU